UCCUUACUGACCGAGGCUGGAGAUCACAGACAGCGGCAACGUGGGGCUGCAAAUCCCAUCUGUGGCAGUAUAGUGCGACGCAGAAACAAGGGCUCUAGGACAAGAAGUUCAUCAUGGGGAUCAAGGCUGCCCUCCCCAAAUAUGAGCUAUAUCUCUACACAGCCGUACUCUCUGUGGCCUUAAUAUGGACAGGCAGCUGGAUACUCGAAGCCUCGAGCGAGAAUGUUAACAGGAAGGUCUUCAAAGAGAGUGUGAAACCAGGAUGGUAUUAUUUUGGCAGGAAAAUGGAUGUUGCGGACUUUGAAUGGACGAUGUGGUUCUCUACAUUCCGCAACCAUAUCCUUUUUGCUCUCAUUGGUCAUGUGAUCUUUGCCAAAAUUUGCACUCUGCUAGGUCCGAAGCACAGGUCCCUGAUCUUCGGUGUGUACGGCGGUAUUGCAGUCCUUGUCACAAUGGGCUGGACCUUCAUGGCCCUGGUUCUGUCUCAUUGCAUCGUGCUAUACAGUGUUGCCCUGGUCAAGAAGAAAUGGAUGUGCUUCCUGGCAGGCCUUUCCACACUGGCCUCCAUUAAGCUUGAGCCCUACAACUCCUGGCAGGAAACCUUGGUGACUGGUUCUUUUGACCUGCAAGACAUCCUGUUCUAUGGAGGCGUUGGCUUCACCAUCAUGCGCUGUAUGAGCUUCGCCUUAGAGAACUGCGAGAAGGCGGAUGGAAACUACACAUUCUGUGACCUUCUCAAAUACAACUUCUACCUCCCCUUCUUCUUCUUUGGACCUAUCAUGACUUUUGACCAGUACCAUGCUCAGGCAAACAACACCAAGCUGACCCGCAGGGAGAGGGAGAUGUGGAACAUCACCACUCGGGGCUUGUUGCAUCUGGGAGUUAUUGUGAUAGUGGAUGUGUUCUUCCACUAUCUCUACAUCUUGACCAUCCCUAAUGACAUGAAGCUGGUCAAGCAGCUUUCUGAUUGGCCGCUGGGUGGUCUGGCCUACUCCAAUCUGGUAUAUGACUGGGUGAAAGCUGCCGUCAUGUUUGGCGUCAUCAACACGGUGGCUCGACUGGAUCAUCUGGACCCUCCUCAGCCCCCCAAGUGUAUCACCAUGCUCUAUGUCUUUGCUGAAACGCACUUUGACAGAGGCAUCAAUGACUGGCUCUGCAAAUAUGUUUAUGACUACAUUGGAGGAAAUCAUGAUAAAAUCUUUAAGGAGCUCCUGGCAACCAUUUGCACCUUUGCGAUCACCACCCUGUGGCUGGGCCCAUGUGAGCUUGUGUACAUCUGGUCCUUCUUCAACUGCUUCGGUCUUAACUUUGAACUGUGGGUGGCCAAGUUCUUCUCCAUCCCUCCAUUCUCUGUCAUUGAGAGAGCGAUGGGCGAAGCGAUGUCACGCAGGAUCAGGGGUCUUUUCAAUGCCGCCAACUUCUGGGCUAUUAUCCUCUACAACAUCCUCUCGCUCAACAGUCUGGAGUUUGCCAAACUGGUGGGGAGGAGACUGAUUUUCAUAGGUUUUCCAUGGUCGACCUUGUCCGUGUUGUUUGUGACCUACUGUGGGGUCCAGUUGGUGAAGGAACAGGAGAGAAAACAAGCCCUGUUGGAGGAGGCCGAGAUGGUGAAGCCUGUAGAUGGUGGCAAAGUAAAAGCAGAGUAAAAAAAAAGAAAGAAAAAAAGGCGAUGACGUUUCAAAGACUUCAUUUAUAACAAACCCUCUGACAUUGUUCCAUCCUCGAUCUUGCAAACUCUUCUGAACCAGACUAUAACCAGACUCAACACCUGUACCUGUUCACAAGUCUGCAUUUCUGCUGUUGUUCAUCAGAGGCGAGGCCAUGUUUUGAACUGUGAGAUACGUAUAUCCUGAAGUGCACUUGCUGUAGAUAAUCACAACACGUCCUUUAGCACAAACCCAGAGAUGGUGCAUUCUAUAUUUGUACUUUAUGCCAGCAAACGAUUAUUUAACAGACGAUGGGCCUGUCAGAUAUUUUAAUAGAUAUGGCUUAUAUUAUUGAAGAAGAUGAAGAGUUGCAAUGUAAACCUGCCAUGUUUGAUGGUCUCCUACAUAAAGCUGAGGCGGUCAUUUUUUAUGCUGAUGUUGUCUUAUUUUUGCCUUAUAGACAGAGAUCUGAGUCACCAAAUUGUCAAGUGUUGCUUUUUAAACUUGAACAAACUUUAAAUGAAGCUGCCAUUGUUAUGGUAAGUUAGCUGGGAGCUGCUAUGGAGGCUGUUGUCCUCCAUGUUGAUUACAUCUGUAGAUGAUUGUACAGCAUUGCUGCACUGGUACUGAGCAGAAAUGCAAACCAUGUUGUAUGGGGAAGUCCAUUUUAGAGUUGAUAUCUAUUGUAUUAACGUGUCAGGUCUCUGUUUUUAUUUUAGAAAGGGAAUGGAGUUCAUCCUAGCACACUAAAAGCAGAGCAUGGCUGCUUUACUCCUGCUAUCAUUCUCUUCCCACAGGAGAUUAGGUCUGACAUGUCUGCAUAUCUUUCCUUGCCUCUCUCACUUGAUCCGGCGUGUGAACGUGUCACAGAGGCUGAUGCCCACCGGUUACUAUGAAAGGCAAUAAGCCCAGUGAGGACUAUGGGUCACCCUCCUUCUGCCUGUCACCACAGCCUCUUGUAUGUCCUCUGUGUAUCAGACAGUGGAAAACAAAACAAAACAAAAAAAAUCUUGCCAAAAACAACGCCUUUUGAAUCAACGUAUUACUUUGAGAGUAAUUAUAUUUGUUUCUUUGGGUGUGAUUUGUUUGCAGUAUGGAGAGCAAAAAUAAAAACUUGCU